CGUUCUUCAGACAUUUUAUAGUCUCUAUAUCGAAACUAACUUUGUCAAGUUUCAUUUAGGACACAAAUCGAUAAACAUAUGUUGUGUACCUGUAAUUAUGGAAACCUCUCUAUUUAUAUGCAUGUAUAUAUCCAUAAAGUUCACAGUCCAGGCACGAAUAUUUAUCUCCAAACCAAUUAGAAUAUUAGAAAUAUAAAUAAAAUCAUUAAAUAUUUCUUUCAUAUUUAAUCAUUUGAUUUCAUUAUAUAAAAUGAUAAAUAAAACAAUCAAUUAAAUAAUACAAUGGAUAUUACAAAUCAUUUAGAUAAACAUUCAAUAAUUCCAUCAUCCUCAACAUCAUCUUCAACAACAACAUCAUCAUAUACAUCUAAUCAACAUAAAGUUAAACGAUUAAAAAUCUUACAAGAAAUUGAAGAUCGUAAACUUCAAUUAAAUUAUAAUCGUUUAAUGAAAGAACAAAAUAAAAUAUGUAGACAACUUGAUAUUCAACGUUUACAAUUAACUAGAAGAUUUUCUGAAACAAAUUUUAAUUUAUCAUUUGAUGAAUUAACAUGUAAAUUAUUAAAAAAUGAUAAUAUAAUAUUAGAUUUUAAAAAAUGUAAACAAAUUAAACAACAAUCACCACCACCACCACAGCAACAACAACAUUCUAUAACAAUGAAUGAUCGUGUUCAUUCAUCAUAUUAUAAUUUAAAUUCACAAGAUAAUACUCAUAAUAAUGAUUAUUUAAAUCAACCAUUUUGGUUAAGAUUACGUUCAUUAGGUUUACCAUCUGAUGAAGAUACAUUAUUAGCUGCAUUAACUUUUAAAAAUAUGAAUAUAAAUGAAAAAUUAGAAACAAAUCUUAAUGAAGAUGAUGUAUUUGAAUCAAUUUAUAAACCAUCAACAAUAAAUGAUCCAUUAACAGGAAGAAUUUCAAGAAAUAUACAAAAACAACGUUCUUCUAGUGUAACUGGAGCUGAUGAAAUAUUAAAAAAUGUAUUAAAUAAUAAUAAUAAUAAUAGUAAUAAUAAUAAUAAUACAAAACGAAUUAAACGUUCAUUAAGUUUAGAAGAAAAAAAACCUAAUUGGUUAUUAACAUUAAAUCAAAUGAAACGUGAAAAAUUAUCUCGUACUAAUUCAAAUAUACAAGAAGAAAUAACAGCAUUAUUUAAAGGGAAUAAAUUUUAUGGUAAUAAACGAUCCAAUGUUAUUACUAUAAAAUAUCAAUCACGUAAUGAUCGUCUUAUUAAAUCACAUAGACAUACUAUUGUUGGUAUAACACAUGAAUUUACACCAUCAUAAAAGUAAAUUAAAUAUUAAGAUAUAGUAAUUUAUAAAGGUUUUCAUGUUUCUUUUUAUUUGCUUAAUUAUGUUUCAUUGUUUGUUUGUUUGUUUGUUUUUUUGUUGUUGUAAUAUUUAUACUC